UGUCGCUGCUCCUCAAGCUACUAACCCAACCAAAAUGACUAUCUUCGGUCCUCUCGGCCUUUCGCUCGCUCAAACGGUUAAGGCUAACCGUGGCCUCUACAAGUGGGUCAAGCCCUUUGCGGACUGGUACGCUGGCGUCGCAGGCUACAGGAAGAUUGGCCUCAAGUACGAUGACCUCCUCGUUGAGGAGCGUGAGGACGUUCAACGGGCGUUGACCCGUCUCACUGACCGUGAGGCGUAUGACCGCGCCUUCCGCUUCAAGCGUGCCUCUCAAAUGAGCAUUGUCCACGACGUCCUUCCAAAGGAGCAGUGGAUACCCGCUUCCGAGGACAAACGGUACCUCAAGCCCCAUGUCCAGAACGUUGUCGCGGAAGACGAGGAGAGGAGAAUCUGGGACACCAUUUCCGUUCAGAGGAAGAAGUAGAUGGUGUACGUUCAAGCGGCAUAUAGACAUUUUCCUAAUAACGCUGUCCGAUCACUUCACCUUUGCAAAGCUCUACAAGGUGACCUGAUAUGCAGUGCCGAGUUUCAUCCAAACUUCCGGUCAACCACAAGAGCGUUCCGGGUAUCUGGCAAUCUAUUGAUUCGGUACGCUACUGUCGUGUAUGGGCCAGAAGAGCCAGUGGUGUCAUGAAUCUUCGCCUUCGCCGCGGAUGUCCUGCCAAGCCUUCUCAGUCUUUUCUCGCUGGAUCUUGGCCUUUUCACGGUUCGCCGUUGCUUGCUUUAUACUCUAUCGGGGCGCAAGAAGAUAUCAGGAUCUCCGGCCCCUGAAAGUCGGCCGGGCAUGCGUAUAGCCGCGUACCUGAGCAUGCAAACACUUGUUGAGCUGGAUUUUCAUGGUAUUGCAUCCGCCAGUCCAUCUUGCCCAUGUAUCGAGGUGACAUGCUUCCAGUGCCUGGAUGAGCUCUUUGCAGGCUGAAGAAAGGGAGACAUCAGAGUAGGGGCAGCAAAUUGGAGCAUACAUGUUGGUCAGAGGUAGCUAAGUCAUAACGGGAGAAACCAUCGCGAACCGAUGCGCUUGUCAUGGAGCUGCUGAUGCAUAGUCGCACGGCCGCUUGUUUUGCGGUGUACCGUGAGUGAGAGUGGGAAACAGGUCGCGACGCACGCACGGCAAUAUCGGGGACGGUCCAGGGAGGAGACAGGUAGUGCACCGGAGUGCGGCCGGCAGGGGCG